UUCUCUGCGUGCGGGCACAAGGGAAUGACGUAAAUUCACAGGCUGCCUGCCGCAAGGCAAGGCCAGGAGAGCUGUAAACGGACGUAUGGAUGGAUGUCGGUCGGUGGUCGCUGGUCUCUGUGUGUGAGUAUUGUAUACAAAAUACGCACACGAUGUCUCGUUCUCGCCUGCACUCAGCUUCGAUCACACUCAGCAGCGCUGCCGUUUCUUAUAAAAGGGACGGUGAGAAAAGUUUGUGAAUCAUUUCAAAGUUAAGCAACUAGCGGAACACAUCGCAACAUCAUCCUCAUCUACUGCUCUCUGUUUGUGUGAAGGAUUUUGUGUACAAAAAAGAACAAACUCACCAUCACCACCUCAAGAAUAACAGUGAACUAUAUAUCAGCUGAGCUAACUGUGGAUUACUAAAAUAGAUCAACACCCGCACUCUAUAAAGCAAACAUGGUUUUAGAAAUGGAAAUGUCCAAAACCUAUCAGUACCGUAAAGUGAUGAAGCCCAUGCUGGAGCGUAAACGUCGUGCCCGCAUUAACAAGUGUCUUGACGAACUCAAGGAUAUAAUGGUGGAAUGCCUGACCCAGGAAGGUGAACAUAUAACACGUCUUGAGAAGGCAGAUAUCUUGGAAUUGACUGUGGAGCAUAUGAAGAAAUUGCGCGCUCAAAAGCAAUUGCGUCUUAGUAGCAGCCAGGACACCAAGUUGACCAUUGCCGAAAGCUUUCGCGCAGGAUAUAUACAUGCCGCCAAUGAAGUCUCCAAAACCUUGGCCACCGUGCCUGGUGUAAGCGUGGAUCUGGGCACUCAAUUAAUGAGCCACUUGGGUCAUCGUCUCAACUAUUUGCAAGUAAUUGUACCCACCGCAGUGGCCCCAAUGGGUGUAUCGCCAGCCCACUCAUCCUCAGCAAGUCAUUUCAAUAGCAUGGUUGGAGCAGCUCAAACUCAAAUGUCCAAUUCUUCCAUGUGUGGCAGUCCUGAGCCAGCAGUACUCAUUACACCUCCACCCUCUGAGUAUGGCAGCAGUGAAAGUGGUAGCUGCAGUCCAGCACCCAGUGACUCGGGAUCUAUGUGGCGACCUUGGUGAAUGCAGCAACUUCAAUGAGGUGCCUUAAGGCAUCGGAAUUGAAUUCAACUGAAUGACAACAAGUAAAGCUGAGGUUGCAACUCCCGAAGGCUGAAACCCUUGGACAACUUUUUCACAACCAAAGUUUGGCAACGUUUAUGUCAAGGAGCAACUGCAUAAGUUACUCGCAGCUGGCUAAAUGCUCUGGCAGGGCAUUGAGAAUUUUCUGAAAAUUUUUAAAAUUUGUUUUAUACAAAACAAGGAAAUGAUAUUUGGAAAAAUAAAUUGAAAAAAGAA